UUGUAUAUAUGUGUGUGUUUGUGUAUAUGUGUGUAUAUGUGUUUGUGAGUGUGUGUGGGUUUGUGUGUGUUUGUGUAUAUGUGUGUGUUUGUGAGUGUAUACAGGAUGUGUGUGUUUGUGAGAAUUAAUUUUCACCAUGAUCUAUGAUUUGCUUCUGUUUCUUCUUUUCUUUUGAACUCCUCUUUGGUUAUCUGAUUUGUUUGGGUUUGCUUUACCUGUGGAGUUUUUCAGUGCAAUGUUAAUUUUGUAUUUGCAUGUUUGCAAAUAAAUUUGCAUCUGACGAAGGAUGAUCUGAUUUUGCUCUGAGACCUUUGUGAAGAUGUACAGAGAUUUCUGCAUGGACCUGUCACCUGUCCUCAGGAACACUACAGAUGUAACUUUACUACACAGCACUACAAAAAAGCACAGAUACACAACAGACAGUGUGAGACGUGCAAAAUCUCGCUCUUCUCUGUAAUGUCUUGUGCUCGGACACACUGCAGUUCCCGGACUAAACAGUGAGACAACUGGUUGUCCUUCUGAAGAUGAGGCAGGUGGGUCAGAGGCAGGUGGGUCAGAGACAGGUGGGACAGAGACAGGUGGGACAGAGACAUGUGGGUCAGAGACGUGGGUGGUAGCAGAUGUGACAUUCUCAGUUGAACUGUUGGAGCUGUAGACGCUCUGCAGUGGGUUCAGGAGGAUUUCUCUGUGUGUUUCAUCACUAGACAUUUUCCCGUUUGAGGAGAUUAAUAUCGACAAAUUUAACUAUAAAGACGAUCAGAGACAUUUAUAUUGAGUUGGAAGGCCAAAUAAAGACAAGUGAAACGACCAUGAAUAAAUUUGCUUAUGAAAAGCUUUAAGCUUCCACGUACGCCGUUUUGUUUACUUUGCUUUUGAAUGUGUUUUAAAUGAAUCGAACAUUAAGAGUUGAAAGAGUCGGCAGAGACGUCCUCAGAGACAGACUGAGCUCAGACGCUUCGGAGCAGAGAUGAAAUCCAUCUUUUUACUUUUCCUGCUGGCAGCAGGUUGUGUUGUGGCUGUGGGUCUGACAAAAGAGUAUAUAUUCAUUAACUCUGCAUUACAGUGGAAUAAGGCUCAGACGUAUUGCAGACAAAAAUACAAAGACCUGGCCACCAUCACCACUAUGAAGGAAAACAAUCAACUCUUUCCUGCUUCUUUUCUUUUUAGUUGGAUCGGUUUGUACAACACAUCAGGCACCUGGGAAUGGUCUGAUGGAGAACAGGCUUCUUUCUUUAACUGGUACAAUUAUCCACAAAAUGAUUGUGCCACCAUUUUACCUUAUUUUUAUUAUGGUAAAUGGUAUUCCUUCUCCUGCACAAACUCAUUUACUUUCUACUGCUAUCAGUUCCUGAUCCUGGUGAAGGAGAAGAAGACCUGGGAAGAGGCUCAGGAGUUCUGUGAGACUCAGUACACUGGCUUGGUCACGGUGACCUCCAGUUCGAGUCUGCCGAUACAAGAGACAGUGGGGACGGAGACGGAGAGCGUGUGGAUCGGCCUGCAUUUCGUGGAUCGACAGUGGCUCUGGGUGAUCGAGGAGCAGCCGGGGAGUCAGACACAGAUCCUGGUAUCAAUGCCUUCAUGUCCAGCUCAGUCUUACCGCUGUGGAGCUCUCAACACCACAUCAAACACCAUAAAGAACCACAACUGCAACGAGAGGCUGAACUUCAUCUGCUACUGGACGUGAUUUUACACAAGUUCAGACCUCCAUCAAGAAGAUUAUACUGUAUACUGCAUCACACUGUAUAAUCAUUUAUUAUUAUUAUU